AUCAUAUUCUCUCUUACUCCUCCUUCGUUCUUUGCUUCUUCAAUUCGUUAUAUCUGUGUGCUUUGCCUAAUUGUGUCCAUCAUCCUCAACCAUGGACAACAUUGGUGAGGAGUACCAGCAUUACUGGGAGACCAACAUGUUUUUUCAAACCGAAGAGCUUGACAGCUGGGCAAUGGAAGAAGCCUUUUCCGGGUACUAUGAUUCAAGCUCCCCAGAUGGUGGAGCUUCAUCGGUGGCAUCAAAGAAUAUUGUCUCGGAGAGGAACAGGAGGAAGAAGCUGAACGAAAGGCUUUUUGCACUUAGAGCGGUGGUCCCAAACAUUAGCAAGAUGGAUAAGGCUUCCAUCAUUAAGGAUGCUAUUGAGUACAUCCAGCACUUGCAUGAGCAAGAGAAGAGAAUCCAAGCUGAGAUUAUGGAUCUUGAAUCUGGCAAGCUCAAAAACCCUACCCAUGAUUUCCACCAGGAGCUCCCUAUUUUGCUCAGAUCCAAGAAAAAGAGAACGGAUAACCUAUUUGAUUCUAUCAGUUCUAGAAAUUCUCCAAUUGAAAUAAUUGAGCUAAGGGUAAAAUAUAUGGGAGAGAAAACGUUUGUGGUGAGCUUGACAUGCAGCAAAAGGACAGACACGAUGGUAAAACUGUGUGAGAUGUUCGAAUCUUUAAAGCUGAAGAUUAUCACAGCCAAUAUCACUUCUUUUUCAGGCACGCUUUUGAAGACAGUCUUCAUCGAGGCAGAGGAGGAAGAGAAAGAUGUUUUGCAGAUUAAAAUUCAGAGUGCCAUUUCAGCUCUCAAUGAUCCUCAAAGCCAAACCAUCUAAUCAAUGAAGAAAAGAGAUUAGAGAUUAGGGUCAUUUAUGUGUUGAGAGAAGAGAGGUGAGGCAGCUUAAAGUUCUUCUUGUGGGAAUUUCUCCUUUCAAAUUCUCCCCAUUCAAUUAAUGUUAUCUUCUUAAGUGAAAGAGUCUUCAACUUUGUUUCAAGGAAUGUUUGCAAGUUUUAAUG